AUGCUAAUACCAGUUCGAUGUUUUACGUGCGGAAAAGAAGUCUCCAGCAAGUGGGAAGAGUACAUGGAGAGAUGCACGGUCUCUGAUGACAAAGCAGGCAUACUGACGCAGCUCGGGUUUAAACGGCCAUGCUGUCGGACAGUUAUGCUGACCACUGUAGACAUAAUGCAGAAGAUUCUCAAGUUUGAGUACCCGCAAGAGGGCCUUUCAAAAGACGAAAAGUUUUCAUAG